CUCGUCGCACGAUCUGCUAGGGCAUGGCGUCGUUGUCGCCCAUUUGCGUGCCGUGAGAAGCGCCAUGCAGUCUGCAAAAGCCAACCAGCCUCGCUUUCUGUCAACUCUUGCGCAGAUGCUUGCAAACGAAGACACUGCAGUCACGUGGGCUGAAAACGGAACGUGCAUUCACUUCCACAGCAUGCACUACUUCAGCCAGCACGUCCUGCCACGGUAUUUUCGCCACAAGCAAUGGUCGAGCUUCCAACGACAGCUAAAUUACUACGGGUUUCGAAAGAAGCCCAUUCGCGACAACAUUCCCUCCGGUGGCUGCGUUUACUGGCACCCACACUUCGUCGAGCAUAAGCCUGAACUGUUGCAUCUUGUCACAGCCAAACGACGCCCACACCGCAUCCCGCCGAUGCAAGUAGCGGUCGUCCCAUCUGUGAAGAUAAUGGCUUGUCCGGGUCAUGUUUCGCCGCAAGGUUUGCAUUGCACGGCCAGAGCUGAGCGCAACGCGUCGUUGGAUAGCUACUUGCCCUUUUCCCCCGCCUUGGAACCCAAUCACGCAGGCAUGUUGGACGACUUGAGCGUUGAAAGCAACUCCCUCGCGUGGCUCGACGACCUCUUCGCUCUACCACCGUCAGCCGUGGCAUAUUCACGAGUCUUGUAGAUCAAUCCCUUGAACAUGCAUGGCUUGUCAGGC